AUGAAUCUUCCGCGAUGGAGUGGGAAACGGCGGCGCUCGACCUCAGGCUCCGACUCUUUCUCGGGCUGCGGCGGGGACAGCAGCGACAGCCACCUGCUCCCCUCGGGGUCGGUGCUGAGCCCGCCCCCGGGCCUGGGACGAAGCUUGCAGGCGCGCGGCCGCCGGCCGGCCACUGCUGCAGGCGAAAACAAGCAGACAGUUCCUGACGACCAAACAGACAAGCUGCUAUUGGCAAAUUGGGGACUUCCCACAGCGGUUCUGGAGAAAUAUCACAGUUUUGGUGUAAAAAGUAUGUUUGAAUGGCAGGCAGAGUGCCUUUUGCUUGGACAAGUCCUGGAAGGGAAGAAUUUGGUCUAUUCAGCUCCUACAAGUGCUGGGAAGACUCUCGUUGCUGAAUUACUUAUUUUGAAGAGGGUUCUGGAAACAAGGAAGAAAGCUUUGUUUAUUCUGCCCUUUGUCUCUGUGGCUAAAGAGAAGAAAUACUAUCUCCAGAGUCUGUUUCAGGAAGUAGGACUAAAGGUAGAUGGUUAUAUGGGCAGCAGCUCUCCAGCAGUACACUUCUCUUCCUUGGAUAUUGCUGUCUGCACAAUUGAGAGAGCCAACGGUCUGAUCAAUCGCCUCAUAGAGGAAAAGAAGAUGGAUCUACUAGGAAUGGUGGUUGUGGAUGAAUUACAUAUGUUGGGAGACUCUCAUCGAGGGUAUCUGCUAGAACUUUUACUGACGAAGAUUUGCUAUAUUACUCAGAAAUCAGCGUCUUGCUGCACAGAUUUAGCCAAUCCCCUGUCUAAUGCCAUACAGAUCAUUGGCAUGAGUGCUACUCUUCCUAAUUUGGAACUCGUGGCUUCCUGGUUGAAUGCUGAACUCUACCAUACUGACUUUCGUCCUGUACCACUGUUGGAAUCAGUAAAAAUUGGAAAUUCUAUAUAUGAUUCUUCACUGAAGCUUUUGAGGGAAUUUCAACCUAUGCUACAAGUGAAGGGAGAUGAGGACCAUGUUGUUAGUUUAUGUUAUGAGACCAUUCGUGAUAACCAUUCAGUAUUACUUUUCUGUCCAUCAAAGAAAUGGUGUGAGAAACUAGCAGAGAUCAUUGCCCGUGAGUUUUACAAUUUACACCAUCAAGCAGAGGGACCGAUAAGAUCAUCUGAACUUCCGCCAGUGAUUAUGGAACAAAAGGGUCUCUCAGAAGUAAUAGAUCAAUUAAAACAUUUGCCUUCAGGACUGGAUUCUGUUUUACAAAAAACUAUACCGUGGGGAGUAGCAUUUCAUCAUGCAGGCCUUACUUUUGAGGAAAGGGAUAUCAUUGAAGGAGCCUUCCGUCAAGGUCAGAUUCGAGUCUUGGCAGCAACUUCCACUCUUUCAUCUGGGGUGAACUUACCUGCACGUCGUGUAAUUAUUCGGACUCCUAUUUUCAAUGGUCAACCUCUUGAUAUUCUUACAUAUAAGCAGAUGGUUGGUCGUGCUGGCAGGAAAGGAGUAGACACACUAGGUGAGAGCAUCUUAGUUUGUAAGAACUCUGAGAAAUCAAAAGGCAUAGCUCUACUUCAGGGAUCUCUAAAACCUGUUCGCAGCUGUCUAAGAAGACAUGAAGGAGACGAAGUUACUGCUAGCAUGAUUCGAGCUAUUCUGGAGAUAAUAGUUGGUGGUGUGGCAAGUACAUCACAAGAAAUGCAAACUUAUGCUUCUUGCACAUUUUUGGCUGCAAGUAUGAAAGAAGGGAAGCAAGAAAUUAAAAAAAAUGAAGCAGCAAAUCAACUUGGAGCAAUUGAGGGCUGUGUAAUGUGGCUCCUGAAAAAUGAAUUCAUCCAGAUUACUGAAACUACUGAUGGAACAGAAGGAAGGUACCAUCCAACACAUCUUGGUUCAGCAACUCUUUCUUCCUCACUCUCUCCAAUUGAUACUUUAGACAUUUUUGCUGACCUCCAAAGAGCAAUGAAGGGCUUUGUUUUAGAGAAUGAUCUACAUAUUGUCUAUCUGGUUACACCUAUGUUUGAGGAUUGGGUUACUAUUGAUUGGUAUCAAUAUUUCUGUUUAUGGGAGAAGUUACCAACAUCUAUGAAACGGGUGGCAGAGCUAGUAGGAGUUGAAGAAAGGUUCUUGGCUCACUGUGUGAAAGGGAAAGGAGUAGCCAGAACUGAGAGACAGCAUCGGCAGAUGGCUGUUCAUAAAAGGUUUUUCACCAGUCUUGUGCUACUGGAUUUAAUCAGUGAAGUUCCCUUAAAGGAAAUUAAUCGGAAAUUUGGAUGCAAUCGUGGACAGAUUCAAUCUUUACAACAAUCAGCAGCUAUUUAUGCAGGAAUGAUUACAGUAUUUUCCAACCGCCUUGGCUGGCACAACAUGGAGCUACUGCUUUCCCAGUUUCAGAAGCGUCUUACAUUUGGUAUUCAAAGGGAGCUGUGUGACCUGAUCCGGGUGUCCUUACUUAAUGCACAACGAGCCAGGGUGCUUUAUGCUUCUGGUUUUCUUACGGUGGCAGAUCUUGCCAGAGCAAAGAUUGCUGAGGUGGAGACUGUUCUGAAAAAUGCUGUGCCUUUCAAAAGUGCACGAAGGGCAGUGGAUGAGGAAGAGGAAGAAGUUGAAGAACGACGGAACAUGCGAACGAUUUGGGUGACUGGCAAAAAAGGUUUAACUGAAAGGGAAGCAGCAGCUCUAAUAGUGGAAGAAGCCAAUAUGAUUCUGCAGCAGGACUUAGUUGAAAUGGGAGUACAAUGGAAUAUCCAUUCCCUUUUAAAAUCUAAUGCACAAUCAUUGCCUAGCAGUGAAUCAGAAGAAAAGGAAUCCACAUUUACACCUCAAGCUAAGCGUUCUUGUAAAAGGAUAUCAAAGAAAAUCAGUAACAGCAUAGUUCAUGAUUCUUCUGUUAAGCAUUCAUUAAAUACAGUGCAAGAUUUAGAUAAAAGUAGAGAGCGCACAAAUUCCUUUUGUUCUAAAUUCCAAGAUGGGGAUCAACAACAUCAGGUACAUUCCAUUUCCAGAGAAAGAAAAUGGGCUUCUUUGAAUAUAAGUAAAAAGAAGCUAGGAACCUCUCUGAAUGAGAGAAAAACAAGCACUAAGAAAGUUGGUCAGGCUCUCUCAUCUAAAAAAACAAAAAAUGAAGCUUUGAGUUUUACUUCACAAAAGAUGAGUACAACCUUUCAUUUCCAGAAACAAAGAAAGCAUGUGAAAUCACCCAGAAACAACAGCCAUAAGAAAGACACUGGAAAGUAUAGAAUUGAUGUACAAGAACAGAGCGUAUCUAAUCACAUUUGUUGUGAAAAUUCAUUUACCUCAGAUGAAAAGAAUAUGAAAUUUAGAAGUCCAGAUCCAUUUGCUAAAACUGUAUCUUUUUGUACUGAAGAAAAAUAUAGCGAAACAUCAGAAGCAAAACAAUAUUGUUCACAAAGCAGAAAAACAAACAAUGAUAUUCCUGUGGAACAUUUUAUCAUAGAGCCCCAGAAUAAAUCAGUGGCUUGUCAAGCCACUAGUGUGGUCACUGAAAGUGGAAGAGAAUUAGCUAUUGUUGAGACAGAAAACGUAAACAAAGUUCUAAAACAAAAUGAUUCAAGAAACCAGUAUGCUUAUAUGAAAGACCAUGACAUCUGUCCUAUUAACCAGUGUCUGGAAAAACAUUCUGAUGAACAGAUAAAUGCAUAUACCAAAGAGAAAAAGAUAUUAGAGAGACAAAUGCCCUGUAAGACAUUUGUGAGGAGUAAUGUAAAUAGAGACUCAGAUGUUACCAAAUAUGAAAGUAUAAAAUUUAAUGCUGAGGAAAAUAAGUCAAAUAUGUGCCAAGUACUAGAUGAUAAAAUAAGCAACACUAAGAAAUCCAGUGGAUUGUUUCUAUCCUCUGGAGCAUUUGGCAAAUCAGGAGGCCAGCAUGAGAAUUUUCUAAAUAUCUGUGGAAUGCAAGAAAAAAAAAAUGCUUGUGUAGCAAACAAAGGUAAAAAUAGUCAUGCUUCUGACAUAAGUUUAGUUCUCUGUGAUUUUGAAGACAGCUUCUAUUUGGAUACUCAGUCAGAGAAAAUAAUACAACAGAUAACUGCAAAUACCAAAGAAUUAACUAAGGAAACUAAUCUGUCAACAGGGAUGAUGCAAAAAAAGGUAGAAAAACAGAAUUCAUUGAACUCUUCACAGAAUGGAAUUCACAAUAUUUUUCCUGAUGAACAACUUUCUCCAGUAGUGACAACUAGAGAUCAUUUGGAAGUUAACAAUGUGGAUACUAUGAAACUAGGUAAUAAUUCACUUGAGGUUAAUAUCUGGACUCCAGAAAGCCCAGUUUUUCUUUCUCCAAUACUACUGGGAGGAAAUGGUUCUUGUUUUAAAGGGAACGAACUUUCUGUUACUGACUCCCAAUUAAACAGUUUUCUUCAAGGUUUUCGCACACAAGAAGCUACAAAACCACUUACACCUCCAGGUCCUCAAAAGAGUACUCCCACUGGUAUAGAAGUGGAAUGUCUGUCAGUUCCUGAAACAAGUUUGAAUUUGAGUGAUAGUUUCCUAUUUGACAGUUUCAGUGAUGACUGCCAAGUAAAAGAACAGCCUCUUCAUGGGCAAGCAACAGAACUUCUUUCUUCUGAAAUAAAAUCAACCCAUUACAGUGAAGGCCCAAUAAAACAAUCAAGUAUGAAUGAGAAUCAAGAUAAUCGUCAGCAGUUAACUUACCACAGUGAUGAGUCUCUUAUAUUUUCAGAAAUGGAUUCUGCUCCGAUGGUUGAAGGUUUGGACAAUGUAGCUAUAUUUCCUGACCAAGAGAAGCAUAAUACUGCAGUAUCUCUUAGAGCAGUAGAAUUCACUGAUACAGCAAUUAUAGGUAAUGACUAUUCCCAAAGAGAAGUAAUUGGAGAUAAAGAAGGAAGUUCUCAAAAAUACAUGUUUACUGGAAUAAGACAAAAUAAUUCAUUGAUAUGGUCAGGGACGUCAAUUGAUUUAAGUCCAGGACUACAAAUGAUUUUAGAUAAAGUGCCCAGUCCUCUAGGAAAUGAAAAGCUAAAAUUAACCGCUAUAAACUUACCUAAUUUGAGUGCAAAUAAUGUGGAAUUAGAGGACAAACAAGAAGUAAUUUCAAAUUUGGAGCCAAACCAAAUAUAUGGAAUUUCAUUUUCCCCUGAUACUGCAGUAAAAAACCAGACUCAGGAGAUACAGCCCAAUGCCAUUCACAGUGAAAGCUCACUUCUGUUGCCUUGGAAAGAAAAUGGUGUCAUUGAUGAUAAUGGUCUUAUUCCUCCUACACCUACUCCAACUUCUGCUAUUAAACUGACAUUUCCAGGUAUUCUUGGAACAUCUUCCAUAAAACUUAAGAAUAGUACUUUACUACUUGGUGAAAAUUUUUCAUGUGACUCGGAUAUUAAAAACCACGAUGUAAAUCCAGAGAGAAGAAAUGUCUUCAAAGCUGACAGUCCCGCUAGAGACACAAGCUUUUCAAGACAGUUGUCACAGGAUGAGUCACAGUUAACACCAUCCUCAUGCAGUUCAGGAAGUUUGACUAUAAUUGAUGUAGCAAGUAACCAGACACUCUUUCAAACAUUCAUUAAGGAGUGGCAAUGCAAGAAGCGAUUUUCCAUCUCACUAGCUUGUGAAAAAAUCAGUCAUUUGACAUCUUGUAAAAGUUCUAUUGGUGGUAGAUUUAAACAAGUUAAUUCACUUCAGAAAACCCCUAGUAGAAAUGAUGGAUUUCCUGUUAAAGGUUGUGAUGACCUCUUGGUUGUUGGACUGGCAGUAUGCUGGGGUGGAAGAGAUGCCUAUUAUCUUUCCUUGGAAACAGAACAAAAGCCAAAUUAAAUUAGUGCCAGUUUGGUCCCUCCUUCUCUGGAUCCAACUCUGACUGUGAAAGACAGAAUGUGGCACCUUCAAUCCUGUUUUCAAAAGGAAUCUGAUAAAGAAAGUUCUGUUAUCAUCUAUGACUUCAUCCAGAAUUAUAAAAUCCUUCUUCUGUCUUGUGGUAUCUCCCUGGAACGAAGUUAUGAAGACCCUAAGGUGGCAUGCUGGUUACUAGAUCCAGAUUCUAAGGAGCCCACUCUUCACAGUAUAGUUACCAGUUUCAUUCCUAAUGAACUUCCACUCCUAGAGGGGAUAGAGACUGGCCAAGGAAUUCAAAGCCUGGGACUGAAUGUAAGCAUUGAACAUUCUGGGAGAUACAGAGCAUCUGUCGAGGCUAUUCUCAUCUUUAAGGCUAUGAACCAACUCAAUUAUUUGUUGAAGAAGGAAAACCUUCAAGAUGUUUUCUGUAAGGUGGAAAUGCCCUCCCAGUACUGCUUGGCCUUGUUAGAACUAAAUGGAAUCGGUUUUAGCACUGCAGAAUGUGAAAGUCAGAAACACAUAAUGCAAGCCAAGCUGGAUUCAAUUGAGGCUCAGGCAUAUCAACUGGCUGGCCACACUUUUUCCUUCACCAGUUCAGAUGACAUUGCUGAGGUUUUAUUUUUGAAAUUGAAGUUGCCACCCAAUGGAGAGAUAAAAAACCAAGGCAGCAAGAAAACUUUGGGAUCUACAAGAAGAAUGAAUGGUGGUAGACAGAAGCCAAGGCUGGGAAAACAGUUCAGCACUAGUAAGGAUGUUUUAAAUAAAUUAAAAGCACUGCAUCCUUUACCAGGCUUAAUAUUAGAGUGGAGAAGAAUUACAAAUGCUGUCACAAAGGUGGUCUUUCCCCUACAGAGGGAAAAGCGUCUGAAUCCUUUUCUUGGAAUGGAAAGGAUCUAUCCUGUAUCACAGUCACAUACUGCUACAGGACGAAUAAGUUUUACAGAACCAAAUAUUCAGAACGUGCCAAGAGAUUUUGAGAUCAAAAUGCCAACACUAGUAGGGGAAAGCCCACCUUCCCAAGCCCUGAGCAAAGAUCUACCUCAAAUCAGGAGAGGAAGAACUUUUAGGAAGGACUGUGGCCUUAACCCUGGACACCCAGCAAAGAAGGAAGAGAAAGCCUCCGACAGAGGAAUGCCAUUUUCUGUUAGCAUGCGACAUGCCUUUGUUCCUUUUCCAGGUGGUUUAAUAUUAGCUGCUGAUUACUCUCAACUUGAACUGAGGAUCUUGGCUCAUUUGUCUCAGGAUCAACGUCUCAUUCAGGUAUUAAACACUGGAACGGAUGUUUUCAGGAGUAUUGCAGCUGAAUGGAAGAUGAUUGAGCCAGCGUCUGUUGGGGAUGAUCUGAGACAACAAGCAAAGCAGAUUUGUUAUGGAAUCAUUUAUGGAAUGGGAGCUAAGUCUUUGGGAGAACAGAUGGGUGUUAAAGAAAAUGAUGCUGCUUGCUACAUUGACUCCUUUAAGUCCAGAUAUACAGGAGUUACUCAUUUCAUGAGAGACACAGUGAAGAACUGCAGAAGAGAUGGAUUUGUUCAGACCAUUUUGGGAAGGCGUAGAUAUUUACCAGGAAUCAAAGACAAUAAUCCUUAUCAUAAAGCUCAUGCUGAGCGUCAGGCUAUUAACACAACAGUCCAAGGAUCGGCAGCUGAUAUUGUCAAAAUAGCCACAGUUAACAUUCAGAAGCAGUUAGACACCUUACGUUCGACCUUCAAGUCCCAUGGUCAUCGGGAGGGUAUGCUCCAAAGUGACAGACCAGGAUUGUUACCAAAAAACAAACUGCAAGGGAUGUUCUGCCCAAUCAGAGGAGGCUUCUUCAUCCUUCAGCUCCAUGAUGAACUCUUAUACGAAGUGGCAGAAGAGGAUGUUGUUCAGGUAGCUCAAAUUGUGAAGAAUGAAAUGGAAAGUGCCAUAAAACUUUCUGUGAAACUGAAAGUAAAAGUGAAAAUAGGUGCCAGCUGGGGAGAUCUGAAGGACUUUGAUGUAUAA